AUGGGCUCGCCAGAGGCUCAGCAGGGUGGACAAGCCAUUAGGCGUACGCCUUCGACGUCCUCACAAUACAGCAACAUCAAUGCAAAUUUGCAUGCUCGUGUAAAGGCGUUUCAGGAGCAACGGCAAUUGAAAAGGACGGGUAGCGUAGGAUCUGGCAGUGUGGGAUCACCCAAAACGUCGGCAGAUUUGGGCCAAGCGGGCACCGCACCGAAGCCAAGUGUAGUAGUCGAGCAACCACAAAGCAUAGACAAGAUUGUGAACAAACCGUUGCCCCCAUUGCCUCCAAGUAAAGAGAGUGGAGCAGCGCUGAAUCCGAUCAGAAGGGCACCCAGGCCGCCCGCGUUGCCAAUGAAUGCCCCGGUUAAACCCAGCCUAAGUGCGAGGAGAGGGCUGAAAUUGCCCGCAGGCGGGAUGUCGCUCAAGAUGAAACAACCUUCACCACAGGAAUUUGCCGGAACGCCUUCCAAUCGGGUCCCACCCACUGUCGCGGGACCAGUGGCUGCUCAAGGGGGUCGUAGAAGCAACCCGGGCUCAUUAGUCAACGGAGUUCAAACAACAUCUACAUCUUCCAACCAGCAACGCGAUACAGAGGGUACCACCCCUCUACAACAACGAAGUGGGUCGAAUGGCUUAUUUGCGAAUUUUUCCAAGUAUGUCGACAUUAAAUCGGGGUCUCUAAACUUCGCCGGCAAGCUGUCGCUAAGCUCACAAGGUGUGGACUUCAGCAAUGGCUCCAGUUUCAGAAUUACUUUGGAUGAACUCGAGUUUCUCGAGGAACUUGGUCAUGGCAAUUAUGGUAAUGUUUCAAAGGUCCUUCACAAGCCGACAAACAUUAUCAUGGCCAUGAAAGAAGUUCGUCUUGAGCUAGAUGAAUCUAAGUUUAGGCAAAUUCUCAUGGAAUUAGAAGUCCUACAUAAAUGCCAAUCUCCUUACAUCGUUGAUUUUUACGGUGCGUUUUUCAUCGAGGGUGCCGUUUACAUGUGCAUGGAAUACAUGGAUGGAGGGUCUUUAGACAAAAGCUAUGACCAAGCGACUAUUGGUGGGAUCGAUGAGCCUCAACUAGCACGUAUCACAGAUGCAGUAAUACAAGGCCUCAAGGAGUUGAAAGACGUGCAUAAUAUCAUACACCGUGAUGUUAAACCUACUAAUAUCCUAUGCUCUGCUGCCCAGGGUACAGUCAAACUGUGUGAUUUUGGUGUUUCUGGAAAUCUGGUUGCAUCCUUGGCGAAAACUAAUAUAGGAUGUCAAUCUUACAUGGCUCCAGAGCGUAUCAAAUCAUUAAAUCCUGAUAAAUCUACAUACACUGUUCAGUCCGACAUUUGGUCCCUUGGACUCAGUAUUCUCGAAAUGGCGCUGGGAGCCUAUCCAUAUCCUCCUGAAACAUAUGACAACAUAUUCUCCCAGCUGAGUGCCAUAGUAGAUUCACCACCACCGAAUCUUCCACAAGAUCGCUUCAGUCCAGAAGCACAAGAUUUUGUUAGCAUGUGCCUGCAGAAAAUUCCUGAAAGAAGGCCCAAUUACGCUGCGCUACUUGAACACCCGUGGCUGAAGAAGUACAGAAACGUCGACGUCGGAAUGAGCGAAUAUAUUACGAAGCGUCUUGAAAAGAGACGCUUGCUUCUGGAAGCCAGCGGGGGGCAAGAACCAACUAACAGCCUGCCUGCCUUACACAAGGGUGGAUUAUAA